CCUAGACUGACGAAGUAUAUACAGCAUGGCGUCUUUUCCAUGUUUCGUACGUCUUUUCUCCGUUUUUUGGAGUGCGCCAUCCGCUCAAAAAACGACUCCCUCUGUAGAAAUAAUAGGGCUGGACCCAACACAAGCCACGGCGACGUCUGGGCGUGUCUGAGUGACUAUUCGGGAACGCCGCUUUCUGCGGUCGCCGAUGCCGACUUUAACUGCACGUUCAUCGUCCUCUUCCACGCGAGACAAUAGGGCUUUUCCCCAUCAAUGUACGUUGCCCAUGUCGUAGCAUCAGGUCAGAUGAAAUCGCUAUCCAUGGAGGCACGGCGGUGUGUCGGUCUCGUUUGGCUUUAGGCUUUUCCUGGAGCAUCUUGACACUCAUUUUCUUCCCGAGUGUUACACCUACGAGACACUGUUUCCCCACACGACACAGGAACUUUACCAACUUCUAACCGUUAUUGUGGUACAAUAGUGAAUGCUUCAUACCUUCAAGUUUGUCUCUCAUCGCCGAAUUCCUCGCCCUGAGAGGUCUGCCCCGCGUACCGCGAGUGACUCUAGCCCAGGCAUCGCGUCUGCACGGACUCAAGAAGCGGUGCCUUUCUCUCUUCUGUGCCUUCUUGAAUGGGUGCCUCAUCUGCCCCCCUUAUUUGUGCAUCGUAUCUUGUUUUUAGAAGCCAGCUCACUUUUUUUAUCGUCGCGAGAAUAGUUCACACCGUGUGGCCUUUUUCCCAUCAUCAGGCGUGCGUCGCUCCUCGUGGCACCCCUGACCACUGGUAGCACCUCACUUCUCGUCUCUGCAAAAUGCCGAGACCAGGCGUUUUUGAGCUCAAUUAUGGGGAGGAAAGCCGGCACUCACCUGUACCAAAGGACCCGUCGACGGUGACGUACGGUGACGCCAGCGUGGGAGUUGUCCACCACCCGCUGCCGGCUGCCGGAAUGUACAGGCAACCCUGUGCGUUUCCUCAUGGAUCAGGCUUUUCAAAGCAGUCGAACGAGACUGCGUUUCCAGACUAUCCAUCAACGGAGCAUGUUGCUCAGCGUUACGUUCCUCCUAUGGACGACAAACGCCAGUGGGCCGGCCACACUAGCUACUACGCGCCGGCCACUAUGGAACAAAGAGGUUACCAGGAUGCGAGGUACUUCGGCGCUGAACUUAUGCCCAAGUCUCAGGGAGGAGAGAAUCCGCAAAACCAUCCAAUCAUGCCUUCGGAGGCUGCAGAAUAUGGCCCCCGUAAACCCGACUGUGGCCGCCUCAUUGCAGCCCCUCAUGAAGGGCAGGUCAACAACCUCUCGCAGGUUGAUGGACGGAUAUGCGGAACGCUGCCUGUUAUCGAUAAUCAGUCUUUCCAGGUGGAACCGUGUUUUCGUGCUCCUACUAUAGCGACUGGCAUCCCUCGAUUGCAAACUAUGAAAGGGCGUGAUGCUUUCGCUCAGGAUGCGACACGCCAACGAGCGCUCCAGGGCCACAGAACUGCCGACCUUCUUAAGACUCCCUUCGACUACGACUUGUUUCACCGAACCAGACUUCCACCUAGCGCGGGUGCCAGCAUUCAGGCAGCAGGGAAAGAAAUUGACUGGUCUGAGAAGAAGCUCUUUCGAAAAGCGGUUGUCUCCACAGUCUUUGCAAGCGACCAGGUUGCGGAGCGCCUGCGGCAAGAUCUUCCCUCUCCAAAUACCCGGGAUGGACAAAGAACAAAUGCUGAUCAUGGCAACCGAAGAAAUUGGAGUGAAAAUAUUGAGUCUCUUCUACGGCAAGCUACCCCAGUGGAGAGCUCGGCCGAAAACGACCCCAUCUUCACUGCUAAAGUCGAGGAACGUUCUUUUGACAGCUCGCUCCUGUACCACGGAUGCCGACAUUUGAAGAAACGCUCCGCUUUCGGACACACCCCGGAUGCAGUAGCACAGCUUCUGCGGAGCUCGGCUGAAGCCGGAAAAGGGGAAAGGCCCCUUGUCCCCUCCAGACCCUCUCGCCCCUCCCAGCAUGACUCGACGCAGCUCAAGAGGGUGCUCUCGUAUCAUCCCGACCCAGAGGCUGACUCUAAAGGCUGUUUCGAACAACGCGCGCGCUUACGAAGAUCACAACUCGUGACAGCGAAGAAUUCUUGUCGUUGGGGCGUCAACGUGUUCGGCUACGACCUUUCCCCUCCCCGUCGGAACAGACUCUAUGCGCUUCGUGAUCAUUUGGACUCCAAGCUGGUCCCCAACCAAAGCACGGACGACGCCACGCACAUUAAGCCGCGCCACACCAACGUGCUGUCGACCUCGUUGCACAUGUCAAAGCUAGUCCCCGUUACGGAUUUGUCUCCGCGACCGUCUUUCCGAUAUCACGCGGACACCGGCAGUUUGGAUGCCACCCUGCUGCCGGUGGAUGCGGUUCCACAAGAAAGGAUCGGUCGACGACUGAUCAGUCCACCUGAGAGUUCCCUGCAGUCCAAUUUCGUUCCUUCACACGAAGAGGUGGGGCGCCACAAGCGUUUCCUGGUCAAUAGUCGUGAUAGUCUUCAAGGCAAUAUGAUCCCUAUCGUCAAGGAGUGUACUCGACGGCGCAAGUGAUCCCCAUAUUUUGUGGCAUACAGCAAUAGUUUCGCUUGGCGCAUUAUAGGCCUGACAUUUCUCGGAGGACACACACAAAUGUGUGUGCGUGCAGUGGCUGCCGUUUUCUCAGUUGCCGGUCUUGAGUUUUGCCACGGGGUAUUGUAAAACAUGUUGAAUUGCGGUCACUCUCUAUUCUUGUUAUUCGCUGCGCUGGGGGUGUUUCUUUAUCAGAACGAGGCGGUGUUCAAACACGUGAUAAAGAGAGCAGAGUCCGUUUUACUUCGCCCAUUCCACGUGUGCUGUCACUGAAUCGUACCCCGUCGUCUCCAUGCUUAUCAUCAUCAUCCAGUGACCCCGAUUGUCUUUUUACCACUGUCGAGCUAGUGGACUUUCGUUUCUCGCGUGAUGUAAAAUUCUCUAGCCCUGAUGAGGCCACAGUUUACUUCCAUGCAUUCACAAGAGUGAAACACUUGUAAAAUUUUACGAAACAU